AUUUCAGCCGCUUUGUAUCGUGAUCAAGAAAGGCCAACUCAGGAACACAACAUGAAGUCACGCGACCACAUGUACAACGACAUCCUAGCUGAAGGUGAUCUCAUUCUACAGGCACUCAGUGGCUUUCUUCUAAUUCUCACAUGUGAUGGCGAAGUUUUUUACACAUCGCACACGGUUGAAACAUACUUGGGCUUUCAUCAGUCGGAUAUUUGCCAUCAAAGCGUCUAUGAGCUUGUACAUUCAGAAGACAGAGAAGAGUUACAACGCCACCUGAUGUGGAAUUCACAACUUCCAUCAGACAGGAACGGUCUUACUCUUCAGGAAGCCUUAUUAACAGAAAACAGCCAUCUAUUAGAAAGAAAUUUUACUGUUAGAUUUCGAUGUCUCCUCGACAAUACUUCCGGUUUCUUGAGGCUGGACAUCAGGGGUCGAAUAAAAGUGCUGCACGGUCAAAAUCACAAAACGGAAGAGCCUCCCUUGGCCUUGUUUGCCGUAUGCACGCCUUUCGGCCCACCAUCCCUCCUCGAAAUGCCGCACAAGGACACCAUGUUCAAAAGCAAACACAAACUCGAUCUCUCUCUAGUCUCUCUUGACCAAAGGGCAAAGCAAGUGUUGGGAUAUUCCGACUCUGAACUUGCCGACAAGGGAUGUUACGACCUAGUCCAUUAUGACGAUCUUGCCUACGUAGCCAGCGCUCACCAGGAACUGUUAAAGACUGGAGCUUCUGGUCUAAUAGCCUACCGCCUGGUCACAAAAACGGGGUCUUGGCAGUGGCUUCAAACAAGUGCAAGACUCGUGUAUAAAAACAGCAAACCUGACUUCAUCCUAUGCACGCAUAGGCCACUGAUGGAAGAAGAAGGACGUGAUCUGCUAGGAAAAAGGACGAUGGAUUUCAAAGUGACAUAUCUCGAUGGCGGUCUUGGAUCGCUAACAGACAGGAGUGGCCUUCUGUCAGAUAGCGAUUUCGUGCUUCGUUGCCAGAGGACGCGACGGUACAAGUCUCAAAUACGAGAUCUUAUCACUACGUGUAGAAAGAGAAAGAGUCCAGUCAACGGUCCAUCUACCGGACCAACGAUAGUCGGAGGUGCUUUGCCAGAUAAUUCAACUUAUAUGGACGAUGCUGCGGCUGCAGCUACAGCAGCAGUAGUAGCCGCAGGGUAUAAUAAUGUUUACCCAUACGGCACUGCAGAUAAUGUAAAUGGCAUAGGAGCGUCGUAUGCAGCAGCGGCGGCGAUGCCUCAGAACUUUUUCACAGCUGCCAUAGACAAUACACGGUUUUUAUCGGCGGAAAACUUUCUGCCAUAUAGGCCAUAUUAUCCGGACUAUGCCGUUGCGCAAUAUCCAUCAAAUGGUUUCCUAGACGUAACAGCCUCUGCGACAGCUGCCAGGACUUGUUUUGCAACGGGGGCUUUUCAAACUGAAUCGGGAAGCGUCACAAAUCAUCAGUUAAGCAGUACCAAAGAAGAUAAAUUAUAUCAAUGUCAGAUCGAAGCGGCAAAGUUUGGGAAUUCCUCCCAUUCGCCACAGCAGAUUACAGAUAGCAAAACACCAACGCCAUCGUCCUGUUGUGACUCAACCUCGUAUUUAGCUACAAAUGGUGUAGAUCACUUACGCGGAUGUCUACUUAAUAAUACGAAUCCGGGAAUACAGACUCCAUCUUCUUUAUUACCCGUUACAUUGGAACAUCAUGAUAUCAAAGUGAGGGACCUCGCUUGUUCUGGAAAUUUAACGUUUCCCCUUCCCUCCAUAACAUCGAGCUCCGACUGCAUAAAUUCUGGACUAAUUUCUACCAAAGCGCCCAAAACUGGUCUCAACGGAGCACCCAACAGCAUACUAAUGGCCAUUCGAGAUCUUCCUCACUGGCAUAAGGAGGAGAAAGUAUCCUCGUUUGAAAGCAACAGGCAAAGCGUUCUUAUGUGGAAUAAUAAUGGAGUGCGAGAUACCAUAACAAUAGAUUGCCCAGCUACAACAAGUGUUGGCUUAACUGGUUAUGACAUAAAAUUGCCUCGGUAUUGCGAGGCAGGAAGUAAACAAGAGAAUGAUAUCGGUAAUGUUAACAACUCGCCUUGUAAGUGGAGUGGAAAUGCUGCCGCGCCGAAAUCUGCAUCUCCUCAUAAUAGUACCAGCCCUGCCAGCGGAAAAGUGGCCCCUCAAGUCACUUACAGCAAUACUCCGUACACUCAAGAUAUGCGGUUAGAGCUUCCACUGGUGAGGUCUGACAUCAUCCGACCAUCUUCCGUUAAACAAGAAGGAAAUCCUCUGCUUUCUAUAUCGGAAGUGACGAACACUUUGUUGGACCAUCAUUAGAUGGUAUGCACUCAAAAACCGGUGACGCGACGCCAAAAAAGUGACCUUCAUCUCUUGUUUCAUUGCAUCUCAAACAUUCAUCGAACACUGUGUUCGAGAAUGCUGUUCACUUAACUGUUUAUCAGGAAACAUCUCAGGUCUUCCAUAUUUUUUGAGAAAUAUUGCAUUUGCAUACAAUUCAUUCACAUAAAGCGAUAUUAUUAGCAUAGUUUUACAGUAUGUGUUUAGGUUCAUUUCCAGUGGCUAAGCUUAAGAAGUGCCGUAAUAAUUAAUUCAGAACUAAUUAUAAAAUCUGCUUUAGGUGUGAGUUAUUCAACGUGCAAUAAAUUAAAAUCGUGAUUUACGCAAUUAUUAUGGAAGGAAAAUUAGAUUCAAGAACGUUCCUUAGAAUAUUCGAAUAACAUGAAUAAUGUAAUUUGAAAGUCACCCCUGUAAUGAGAGUUAUCAUCACGACUCAACAUUAGCUCUUACAUAAAUUCUUAGAAAAAUUCCGUUCCCUGUAUCAUAGAUUUCAAAUGAAAAUGCUCAUAACUUCGAAAGGAAAAUAUCCUUCCUUUAAAAGCAAAUUAUGCAGAUCUGGAAUAUUGGUUCACGUAUUAAAUACACAAGUAUUCAUCUAAUGAGCGAAAAAAAUGCAAAUAAUAAGAAGGAAGAAAAUUAAUGUUUGAAAAUUUCCCAAGUGUGCUUAAUGUUUUCAAAUACUAUAUAUUUCCAUUCCCCCCCCCUUUUUUUUUUUUUUUUUUUUUUUUUUCGCAGACAGCGCUUUAAGAGUUUUACGUUGCAGUCAAAAUUUUCGGUUUUAAAAUCAUUACGCUAAUACAGCAGUGCACUAAAAUUAAAAAAUAUAUGCUACAAAAAAUAGCGAAAAGAGACACUUACAAAAUUUGUCUCCUCACUAAGUAAAAAAAAUAAAUAAAUUCUUAAAAAUUCUUAAAUUCUUAAAAAUUUCAACAGAAAAAUUUAUAGCAUGUUUGGCAUAAAGCAAGGGAAUAAUCAUUCACAUUGUAAAAAUAUAUUGUUAUCCUCCAAUCUCUAAGUACCUCAAAUUGCCGAGAUCUUGCCCUGACCAAAGAAAGUCUAUUCUUUGCCCUGACUUCUCUUUUCUUCUGUACAUAAUAAUAUUUCUCCGUUUUUAUUCUCAACAGAUGGCGUUGUAUAUUAUUUUGUUGCGUUUUCGUCUCUUCAUUCCUUAUUUGUUUAUUGCUAAGCAAAUAAGAAUGAUAAACAAAUCCAGUACAAUUUUGUUAAUAUUAUGCAAAAUUGGAUCAUUAUUAUUAUUACUAAUUCCUAACUGCUUUACAAUAUAGUCGGAAUUCAACCCUAUUGCUAAUUUUAAGUAAUAAAUAGGACAUUAAAAGAACAAAAGAAAAUUAGCACAAAAAAAUUGGCUUGCAUUUGUAUCUUGUUCUAAUUAAGUUUCUUUAAUGUGCCUUUUACAGAAAAUAAAAAAUGAGAUUGCUGAACGCAGUUUAUUAUUAACCCUUAAUAUCGUGCUAUAUUUUUCAAAAUAAUGGACAGCAGAGAUGUUACUGGUAACUCAGGUUUACACUGUUCAUCAAAGCAGAUGUAUCGAAGACUGAAUCUCAUCAGGCGAGAGGACCUUCUUCAGCAGGAUUUCAAAAAUUAAACAUCAUUAUUAUUCUUGUACAGUAUGGCUUCUUCAGAAAGACAGUGGGUUCAUCAUCCUUCGCAGACGGAACUGUGCAAAAUGAUCUUUCCUUCCCGCCCUCCUCACACAUUCCACUUUUUAUUGUGAUUUCACAAUUCCAAACCAAUUCCUAUUUGCGUUUGAGAAUUUUGCAUUAGUAACCUAGUUCUUGGAACUAUCUCCUUUCUAUAAAUAUUCUUAAAAUUUACACCUGUUGUAAAAAUCAUAAUUUUGAACCUGAAAGAAAGAAGCAAUAUAAGUUUUGUUAUUUCUUCGGGAUUUUAACGUGUGUGAGUUUUUUUUUAAAUAUUAUUCAUCAGUAAUAUUUUACAAUUGCCCAGUAAGACUUCUGUAAAUUAUUUCUUGUUCUAAAAAUUGUCUGUUAUAAAGCAAGGGAAAAAUAUUUAAACUGAAUAAAAGCUGAAUUACUUUUCUCUAACAACGAUUGCCUUUCGAAUUUAUGCAGUUGAAAUAUAUGGCUUAUAAAAUGUUCUAUGUAAUAUUAAAAAUAGUUUUUAUGAAUAUCUUUAUGAAAGAAAAGCACGAAACGGUGACUAAUUUUAUAUUAUAUUAUGUAUAUAAAUCAAAAUACUUAUGUUUUUGCCGCUUGUGUUUUGCGUUAAAAAUGUCUUUACUUUUUUCUGGAAUGAUUUGUAAAUACUUUUUCAAAUAUUCUAUUUAUUUUUCAGAUGUAGUGUGAUAAUUAUGUACAAUAUUCGUUCUUAUUUCAAUAAAUUAUUAGUUUGAAACCUUAACUUUUCUGACAACCCUAUCUCUAUAAAGAAUUAUUCUAAAACAACUAUUUAAAACGCAAUAGCUGCAUUUGUGUUCAAAUAAAAAAUCGUAGUGAAAAACUUGUUUAAGUUCGAUAAAGCUGUCAUGUUUCUGCAGUACAGAUUAAAAGAUAUAGCCUCGUUAAUAGCCUGUGUUUUAUGAAGCUAUUUCAAUAGGUUUCAUUUUAGAAAUCUUGUACGCAAUCAAAAAUUAUACUUACACGGUACUUAUUGUACAAAAAGUGUAAUUUUAAAAGAAUUUGUAACACUGCAUUUUUACACUUUUGAAACAUAACACAGAAAUUUUAUGAGAAGUAUGAAUAAAAGAUUUUGGAAGUCUGGUAUGAAAUUGCAUGCAAGUUUUUUAGAAGCUCUUACUUCUUUUACUCCUUAAGUAGCUUAUAAUAAGGGAUUUUAGAUGUUUUACAUCUUGUAUGAAAUUUUAUACACAUCUAAAACCUUAGUCCUCUUUAUUUUAUAUAAAGGAGUUUGGAAAUCUUGUAUAAAUUUCUGUACAAGAAUUCUAAAAUCUUUCAGCAAUAUUUCCUAGGAAUAAUUAUUAUACCUUAACGUAGUUAAAUUAAUUGGUAAAAGAAAGUUCUUUAAUUCUUUCAGGCGAAUACUUUUCUGACAUUCCUGCUAAGCGGGCUAAAUAUUUUGGCGAAUUGCCAAAGAUCUUACUUCUUGUUUUUAGACAACAUAUCCCUUUCCAUUCGUAAAUAUUUUAUGCUACUAAUUUAUUUAUUAACCUACAACAAUAAACUUUGAAAAUUUUAAAGUUUUCUGCAAGGUAACUGUUUAAAAGAAAUGUAUUUGUUAGGCAUUAAGAAUCUAUUUAAAUGCAACCGAAACAGAGAAAAGUAGUACAGCCUUAUUAUAUAAUUGAUUUUGAUUUUGUUUAUGCAUAACGACGUAAAAAAAUGAGUAACUCUAACCAUUCAUGAAUUUCAUUUUCAUUUGUUGUCAUUUAUAUCAACAAAUCCAUGUUUAUUUAUGAUCUUUCAUUUGCCAUAUUUUGCAUUGAGUUUAUGCCAAAAAAUUUGAUUUCAUAAUAUUUUUUACUGCUUAGCUGUGACUGUAUAUAUUUGUUUCAUGUCCUAAUAAUUACUAAGAAGUGUAAUAGAGGAGAAAAGAGGCUACUCUAUACAAAGUCAUUUAUUCCAUAUAAAAAAGUUCAGCUUUCUCUGAACAGAUUAUUUGUUCAAAAUUUGAAGUGAACAACCAAUUUAAGGAUGAAAUUAAUUUUAAACUUGUUAUACUCGAGUUUUGAAUACUUUACUUGACACACUUCAGUUCAAUUUUAAAAGCGAUAUUCGGAAAUUUCUCUUCAGAAUUUGAAAAAAGUUUGUUUACUUUUAUGCGUUUUUGUAUGAAGAUUCAAAAAUAUUUAAAUUUCGAGUUAUAUAAAUUGGUCAUUCUGAUAAGUAAAUAGAAAAAUUACUUGAGACUUUUAAGCAAUAUAUUUACAUAAAACUUAAAAUGUAUUAAGCAAAAGAAGCAAUUAAGGGUAAUUUUAAUCUAGAUACUAAUCCAAAAUUCCAUACUAGCUCAUAUUAGUUUGCUUUCUUCAAUUUAUUUUUAUAUAGCUAAAAUUGGAACUAACUUUUCAUUUUCUAAACAGGAAUAAUAAAAGAAAAAUUUAGGACAUUUAUAAACGUAUUUUUGAACAUCCUAUUUGACCUGAGAAUGAUUUUGCCCUAAUUAAUGUAAACUAAAUAAUUUUAGAAAUUUAAACUAUGACUCGAUUAAUGUGUAAAAAAGUAAGUAUUCAAAUUUAUCUCUGUGCAAGAAUUUCCUACACUUUUCUGCUUUGUUUAACAAGUAAAAAGAAAAUGAAAAUAAUCACUGCAAUUAACAAUAAAAGAAAUCUAACAAACUGUGCGCACAGUAAAAUAUCCUACACACUACUUAUUUAUAUUCUACAUGUUAUUUUUUGCCAAAUGACGUUAAAAAAGUAAAUAGUGAUUGAAAAAAGUAAAACUAUAUGUAUGAGCUUGAUUUCUCAUUAUCUGAACAUUUAAAAACACUUUUAACUUAUAAAGUAAUAAAUUAUAAUGAGUAAAAAUUUUAGUUUAAGAAAUUAAAAUGUUUUCCUAACUUGCUAGAAUUUUUAUUCAUCAUAAAUUAUGAAUAAUCAUUUUCAGCGAACUUUUAUUCUUAGCCAUUUUACAAGUGCAAAAAAUUCAUACAGAUUUCGUUCACUGUAAAAUUGUUUUACUUAACUUACAUUCUGAAUGUAUGUCUUAUGUUCUGUAUGUCUCAUGUUUUACGUUGUUUAAUGUACGUGUUACGUUCUGAAGCAAUUUAGCAUAUAUUCAGCAAUAGUUAUGCAUUCAUCAUAUGAAGAACACUAAUUUACGUCUCGAAAAAAAAAAUGUCAACAGAUUUUUUUGUUCUUUUUAACUUUCGUUUCUUGUAAACAGCGACUGAUGUCUCGAAAUGUGUGUCUCUAGUUACCCUGAAAUGUUUGUUCGUUUGUAAAGUACAUGCUCGUUGGUCACUGUAUUAUUAAGACAAUGUAAUGUUUUAUAACUUUCAGCGACCUAAUACAGAUUCGCAUUGUAUAUAAGUUAGCAAUAAACUAUUAUAUAUGCUA